AUGAGCAAGCUGAGCUAUUUACACACUAAUCAAACGGCGCCGAGCCAUUACGGUACUUUAAAUGAUGCCAUCAAGAGAAAUGCAGAAACCCUUUCUAAUACAGAGGCAUUCAUCUACCGCAGUGGCGAUGGACACCGCCAGUGUAUCACUUUCAGUGAUCUGUAUGAGAAAGCGAGAUGUGUGGCCCAGUACCUCGUCACUUCCGGUGUACAGCGACAGGACAAGAUUGGGUUAUUUGGUCCGAAUACGAUUCCUAGAAUUGUAGCGGAAUUUGGCAUCCUCUUGGCGGGAGCGGUUGUCCUUCACCUCAACAUCGAUGUCAAAAAUGCGAAAGAUUGCGCCGACGUUUUAGAGAAAGCUAAAUGUCGUAUAAUAUUUGCUGAUCCCGGCGUUCACGAUGAUUUUCUACCGACGAUAAGAAGUCUCGAGAACAGAGAAGACGCAACUGACAACAGACGGCAAUUUAUCUUUUUAAGACAAUCGUACUCAACAAGCAUCAACCACACUCUCAUUAAUGAUAUUCAGAUAGCAUAUGAUGCUUCUAUUGUAUUACCGGAAGUUUGUCCCGAAGAUGAUGCCGUCAUAUUUACGACUUCCGGUAGUACUGGCAACCCGAAAAUGGUCGUCCAUAGUCAUUUUGCUUUCACUGUUGCCAUUGAAUCAUUCAAUGAUAAAAAAUUUAAAGCAAAGAAGACUUUUAACAGCCGUCCGCUUGGCUGGUUGGGUGGAUCACAAGCUUUUGCAACGAUUAUGGGGAGUACUCAAGUUUUUACUGACUCAAAUCUUGAUAUAACUAGAAAUGGGAUCAAAACAGUUUGGAAAAUCAUAGCAGAAGAAAACGUCGAGGAAGCGAUGUUCAUGCCAUAUUGUCUAUUCGAUCUUAUCGCCGAACAAGACAACAUAGAAGAUGACGGAUUUCGGUUAGAGUCCAUAGCAACUGGUGGUCAGAUCGUAGAUCGUCUCUGUUACCAGGUAAUAGGCAGAUUCUGCAAAACGUUGACCGUGGGUUAUGGUUCAACAGAGGCCAUGGCUAUAUCGGGUGUUGUUUCUAAUAGCGACGACUUCGACACUGGAGACGUUGGAAAACUCUUCCCCGGUGUAGAAGCCAAGAUAGUUGACGAAAAUGGGCAAGUAGUGCCGAUCGGCGAGGAAGGAGAGAUUCAGAUCAGGAGUUGCUUUUUGAUGAAGCGUUAUCACGCAGACGAGGCAAUGACCGAUAAGGCAUAUACAAAGGACAGGCCUAGUUGGUUCAGGAUAGAGGACAUUGGCUUGAUUACACCAGCAGGACAUUUGAUCGUGCGCGGGAGAGUUAAGGAGAAUAUUUCCCGAGGAGGACGAAAGUUGCUGCCAGGAGUGGUGGAUGACGUGGUGAAACAGAUGGAAGGUAUCAACCUAGUGGCGACGGUGGCAGUACCAGAUGAACGCCUGUAUGAAGAAGUCUGCGUCUGUUACGUAGCAAAAGAUGGAGUGGAUCUGUCUCCGUCAGACGUACAGCGAUACUGUACAGAUAACUUCUCUAAGGUAGAGUCGGCGGAUGGAAUGGGAUCCAUGCCGAAGUAUUUUGUCAAGUUGGACAACUUUCCACUUCUCUUUACUGGAAAGAUUGAUAAACAAACACUUAAGCGACAGGCGGCGGACAUUUUAAAUAUUUCUGCUCGCUGAUUGGAAAUUAUCUGUGGAUAUUACGAAAUCAGAUCAGAAUUUUUAUACAGUAUAUCUAAAACGACUUUGGAGUAGGUUCCAAAAAAUGACAUUUAGACAGAAUGAAGUUGAAUCAUAUAAAAUAUGUGUGUCUUAUUUAAGAACGCCUUUAAUUCUCCAUGCUAAUUAUGACUGAUUUUUAGAUCACUUUUUUACUUUUAUUGCAAAUUGUUUGGUACGAUUUAGUAUUAGAUGUAUAAUUGUGUAUAAUUUUCAUACCUACUGGUUUUGAACCUUAAUGUUAUAAGAUUUAAACAAAACCUUGAAUUACGAAAAUCACCCUAAUUAAUUUUGUUGUAUUAACAGAAUCCGACAAAAGUGUUCUA